AUGGCUCGAAUUCAAAAACGGCCUCGUUUUUUAGAUGAAGGUGAAGCAGAACCAAAAGCAGGGGAGGGAGGAGGAGGAGGAGGAGGGGAGGAGGAGGGAGGAGGAGAGACUGGAGGGGGAGGGACUGGAGGGGGCCCAGGCAUAAUCACAGGGGAAGGAGGAGGCGGGGCCAAAGGCGACGGCGGUGGUGCUGCGACGAUCGCUGGUGCUGCAACGAUCGGCGGCGGCGAGGCGACGGCGGUGGCGGUGGCGAGGCGAGGCGAGCAGCGACAAUCCUCUCUCCCUCUUUCUCCUCUAGAAGGUGACGAAGAAGAAGGAAAGCUAAGAGGAGGAGGAGUAUUCAAUUCCAAUUCCAAUUCAUAUGGGAAUGGGGCAUUCAAAUCAAGAAAUUUGAAGAAUCGAGAGGAUUUCUUGGAGGGUGAAUCCAUUGGAGAAGAAGAAGAAGGAAUGGUGUAA